CCAAACACUUUUUUCAAAUUUUGAAAAUAUAAGAUUGAAUCAAACGAAAUGAAUGAGCCAACGGGCCGUUCGCGUUCGAAUCCUCUAGAGUGUUUCGCUGAAGUGAUCGGGUGGAGUGGUUUCACUGUUGAGUAACCAAGGUUGGAGAUCAAUUGCUCACCAAAACGACGUGGUUUUAGUGGGGAAUCAAGAAAAGAAAAUCUGUUUUGUGAGAGAGAGAGAGAGGAACUCUCGCUUAGGAGUCGCCGCCUUGCUCCGCCGCCGCCGACGAGGAGUGGUUGCAUUGGGAUUCAAGAAGCUGUUAUUGAAAAGAUUCAACAGUGAAUGCUUAUGGGUUAUGGUGGGUUAAGGUUUUGGAAUUAUGGAGGCAUAUUUGAGGUUGCUAGUGAUUGUCCAUCCAGUUAGCUUAUUCAGAGCAUUUGAAAGGUCCUUUUUUUGUUGUUGUUGUUGUUGUUGUUGUUGUUGGUCUUGUAGUUUUUCUCUUUUGUAUCUUAAUGACUUACAUUUGAUAUGUGUGAGUUGCAUUGUUUUUAUUCCUGGGAGCUCAAGCUAGGGUAGUUUAUACAAUCGAAUUGAGACAUGCAAAGCUCGAGUUGCCCAACUGCUUGUGGUAUUUUUACAAUAGAAAGAAAUAUAUGCUAGACAUAGAGAUUGAAAAAGAAACACUAAACACGUUUGAAAAAUAGCAACUAUCCCAUGAACAAUAACAAUCAGUCUUCCCUAAUCCAACAAUCCUAGAUUUUUUGACACCACUUGACAUCCCUACAUAAUUUCAAACAACAUACCAUUACUUUGAAUAAGUCAAAGACCACUAACUUUGGACUUACAAAAAAUAAAUAUAGACAUGUUUGAAUUCGAUUCCCAACACUGCUAACUAAGCCGAGCUUAGCCACAAUUCUCUGUUGAGCUUGAGCACAACUAAUUUUCAUCGUGCACGACUACUCAACUUGGCUUGACUCAAUGACAGCCCAACCACGUGAUCCUACAUGAUGCAUAAGAUCAGGCCACGUGAGAAAAUUCCAAUUCAUUCUCUUAUUGAAACUAUUUUGUGUGAUUUUGUUUCAUGCAACUGACAUGAGAUUGGGCUAAUUAUAUUUGCCAGCCCUUUAAAUCAUAGUUUACAGAUAGGAACAAGUAAUGUUUGGUAUUUGUAAGACACCCAAAAUGGGAUUAUUUUUGAAAUAUAUAAUUUGGGCACUUGAUUUUUCUGAUUUACUUUCAACAGAGAAGACAAUCAUAUUCAGCAAAAGCCUUAGGUGCAACAUAGAGAAUGAUAAAAGACUUUGGCAUUGCCGUACAAACAAAUUUGAAAGCAGAAUCUGGGUGGUUAUUUCAUCUAUUCUCCAAUGCAAAACAGAGAGCUCCUGCUGCAUAUGCAUGGCAUCAACUUUACCUUUUGCAAAUGUUAGGGGGCUUAAUCAGUUAAAAGCCAAAGGAGCCAAGAUGGAGCUUUCUAUAAUGCAACCAGAUGAUUGGCAUCUUCACCUCCGUGAUGGUGUCUUUCUUGAAGUUGUUAUCUCUCACAGUGCAUUUCAUUUUGGAAGGGGAAUAGUUAUGCCAAAUUUAAAACCUCCCAUCAAGACAACAGCUGCAGCAGUGGCUUACCGAGAAUCCAUCUUGAAAGCAUUACCUGCAAAUAGUGACUUCAUACCUCUUAUGACACUUUACUUGACAGAUACCACAACUCGUGAGGAGAUCAAACUUGCUAGUUAACUUCAUGGCUUCAAAAUAACCAAGCAAUAUCUCAAUUUUGAAAGUAUCUGAAGUUUAAUACGUUCAUUUAGUUUAUGACAUGUAGGUUUGCUAGUCCUUGUCAUUCUUAAAAACCACUUAGUCAAUUUAUCAAGUAGGAUAAAAUUUGCCACCCACAAAUACCAUGUGUCCUCAGUGGACUGCCAUGGUGGAUUCACAGAGGUUUUCCUAGUUUGCUUUCGGCUUCAAGAGUGAUAGUGUCGCACUAUAGGGACAUAUCCACUCUCAUAUUCUCCUGUUGGGUCCCAGCACCUUAAAACAAAUCUCAAAACUACAAAAGACUCAAUAUGAUUGUUGCAAAAGUACUUGAUGCAAUCAUCGAUUGAUAUCCUUGGGUCCAAUCCACUUUAGUUUGUGUUUUUAUUCUUAGCUUUUAUAAGAACGUAAGAUGAAUAUUAUGCGUGAUGCUUGUCCAUCAAACAUUGGAUUGAAAGUGUCAGGCAAACCUAUGGCUCUGUUUGGUAGAGCUUUUGAAAUUUAAUUCUACCCCUUAGUUUGAGUGUGU